AUGAAUCGAGAAGCAUCAGAGGAUGAAAAUGAUAUAAACGAGCCAAGUUAUUUCUGUUAUAAGGCUUAUCUUAAGACGGCUGGUUAUGCUAUCUUUAUUUUAUAUUCGAUGAUAGGAAUUAAACGAUUAUACGAUCAUAUCAAUCAAUUGAUGAUCAUAGAUCAAUGCAUUUCAUGUCGAUUGUAUGAAGAACAAACUACUGGAUUAAUUUGGGGUCUAUCAGAAUUAUUGCUAUAUGGUUUUGCGCCAUUAUCGGCGCUUUUUGCAUUAAUUCAUGCUGAUUUAGAAUGGCUUUUUCCAACUUAUGCAAUGCGAACACUAUUUCCAAGCUUUAUGCUUGCUUUACCAAUAGCAUUUACUAUUUCCUCGUAUAUUUUAUAUUGGCUUAUUGAUGUUAUAAUUGAUGUGCAACAAAUUUCUGAUAAUUUGCUUGAAAUGGAAGUAUGGAAACGAUGCAUUUGGGCUAGUGCAUUACUAAUUGCUAAUGUUUAUGCUUUACUACUUGCAAUUAUUGUUGCACAAUUAAUUUAUUAUCAACAUUAUAUUAUUAUUGAAGAGCAGGCUAUACGAAUGCAACAAAAUUUAAUGAAUAGAGAAAGAAUUGAAUAUUUUCAUCAUAACAGACAUCAAAAUGGAAUUCAAUUUAUUAAUCAACCAGGAAAUGCUGAAAUUAUGCAAAAUCAUGAAGAAUUAUUUAAUCAUUAA